AGUAAAAAAUUCAAUGAGCAAAUAUACAUCAAAGUAUGUAUUUACCUACCAGUCAUUAUUAAAGCUUUAUUUGAAGACGUUUAACUUUUGAAAACAAUAAAUAUUACUACAAAACGGUCGAAACCGAGGUAUUUAAAUAUACAAAGACCUAGCGAUAAAUAUCAAUCUUUAAGUCAAAAUAACUAUAACCUCUAAAUUACUUGAAAACUCUUAACUCAAUAAUUUUAAUAAAAUACAUUUAAUGCAGGAUUAUUAUUUGGUUUGUAUAUCCGGAAAGUUUUUACAAAACCAGUGAUAUGGAUGACGAAAUUAAAGAAAAUAGGAGGAAUAAACCACAGCAAAAGUUUUACAAACCUGGUAGUGGGCCUCUAAGACGUUCAAGAUAUGGUUUGGACUGUAAAAUGGAUCCUAGCGACGUAAAUAAUAGUUCCAGAAGAUACAAUACGCUUUAUGGCUCUCACAACUCGGUCAAUGAUGAUUUAAGUGAUGCAUAUAGUGAAGGAUCAAUGACCAAUGUACGCCAAAAUCACAAGAAGUCUGAACAACUGUAUGCUUCUAAGCCCGAUCAUAUUUCAGAAAACAAUAAAUGUCCUACAAAGUUUGAUAAUUCUAGUCAGUUCAAUAGUAGAAGAUCAAGCACUACAAACAAACAAAACACAAAUACAGGGUAUUCUAGAGGCUCACCGAGGCAAGACAGGUCUUACAGAGAUUAUCAAAGCAGAAAUAGUAACAAUCCUAAUAGUGGUAGAAGCUUUAGACAAAAUUCUGAAACUAGAUCUGUAUCACCAAGUGUUCAUGAGCACAAUAUUACUGGGCGCAAUUAUGAUCGUGACAGUAGAAGUAUGGAGACAUCUUCUGGCCGUCACGUUCCUGCUUCUGGAGGUAAACCACCAUCUGGAAGAAGAAAUUCAGCAGGGUAUAUGUCUGAUACAUCAAGACCAAAGUAUAUGAUAAACUUAGAAAAUUUACCUCCAAGAUUACGAAAAAAAUUUCUUGAAUCAUCUGGUCAUCAUAGUUUUGAAAAUGUUGAUCAAAUUCGCAAGGAGCAGCAAACAUCAAACUAUUCUUUACAAUCUCAUAAUAAUGAUCCACUUCAUUACAAUACAAGCACAAGUUGGUCUCAAACUUUGCCAUCACGAGGUAGAGGGCGAUUGAAAGAUGCUGACAGUUUUGAUAGAGAAAAAUUUAUAAAUUCAUACUUGAGAAAUUAUGAAGUACGUACUUCACGACAAUCAACUCCAAGUAAUUCUUACUUGAACUUGUAUGAAUCUCCGCAGGAUCUUCAAGAUUAUAAAAACGAAAACCAUUAUAUGAUGACCAGUAGUAUCGAAAGUCAAAAUGAUUUCAUUAGUAAUGCUUCACAAAAUGGUACAAGCAAUGCAUCAGUUGAUGGUUCGAAUAUUCAUUAUGAGAAGUCAAAUCAUGAGGAAGAUAAUGAUUGUAACGGUCCAACUAUGUCACAAGUGACAAAGCAACUAGAUUUGACGAGUUUAGAUUGGACCGAGGAGGUAGAAAAGAAUAUAAAAUUAGAUGAUAUUUGUGACACAUCAAGUAGUUUUUCUGAACAACUGAAAAAGUCAAAUAUUGAUGAAGUUAGAACAUCGGAACCAAAAGAGUCCAAAAGAAAAUCGAAGCGUAAAGACAAGAGGAGUUCCAGCAGGAGCAUGCGAAAUUCUGAUAAGAGAGAAAGGGCUAGAAAGGACAGUACUGCCAGCAUACACCAUGAACUAGAACAUUCCAGAAAAGACAGUAAUGUGAGCAUUCAUCAUGAAGCAGUACCGGCUUGUUUGAAGCGAAGGGAAAGAGAAAGACGAGACAGCCACAGAAGUAAUCGCUCAUCAAAUAUAGGAAAUAGCAGAGAUGAUCUGGACCGCUGGCGUUCUUUGCGUUCUUAUAGCAGAGAACAAAGUACUGAAGGGAGAAUAGUUUCUCAAUGUAACAGCCGAGAUACAUCAACAAACCGCGCUACGAGUCCUAGAGAUGGUGAUGGAUUCCGCGUACCAUGUGCUGUCAGCAAGUCGGCCGCCUGGUUAUCCUCUCAACGGAAGAAUAGCGUCCCCUGUAACACGCGUACAGGCAGCAGUGAGCGCGGCCGCCGGUCUCCGGGCGGCGGGGAGGGAGGGGCCGGGGAGGCGGGGGGCUCGCGACGUUCGCGCCGCCGUCUACAAAAACGUCACGCGCGGCACGCCGACCCGCCCGCUCCCCCUCCCGUCGCUUCCUCUUCCUCCGCUUCUACCAACUGGAGAGAGGAGAUAUUAGAGUCCAAGCGACACAAUACUCAUGAAAAGCACCCAGAACCGACAAACCAAAGGAACAGAAUCAACAGUGCUAAACCAGAGAAAUCAGAAUCGUCCACCUCUCAUCCUGGUCUAAUAAUGCUGCCUCAAAGCUCUAUAUCAAACCUUCAGAAAGAAUUAGGACGCGGAAAUACAGGAGAAAAUCAUAAAACAUUAUAUGACCAUCAGAAUCCGUCUAAACCGAUCAUAGUACAAACUAGUCCUUCAAAAGUAGACAUGCGUCUUGAAAGAUGUAUAAAAGAAUCUUCGGUGCGUGGAGCGAUGUCCUGCGACAACAGCGACGCGGCCCGCGGGGACCGGCACCGCGCGCUGCUGCAGGAGGUGGACCGCGCCGACGCGCUGCUGCAGGCGCACAUGCUCAGGGGGCCGGCCGCGCUCGCCGACCAUUGGACCGAUGUCAUCGAAACGAGAUCAUUUUUGCAAAAUGCUCUUCAAAGACUGCUCAUGUCCGAUCUCAAAUACUGUCAGGCGGAUAACGUGGAGCAUCAGUUUUGGAAAAUUUUAUAUUAUAAUUUCAUUGAGGCCUUAAGAAAAAGUUUUUCUCAAGUAACGCCCGAAGUCAAGACGAAAGUCGUUAAUUUGAUCAAUAUUAUAAUAGAGGAAGGGAAUACAUAUUUUGAAAAUUUAGUGCACACGUUGGAAAAAUGCUACAAGUUCAACAUUGAUGAUUACAUAAACGAUAAUCACGUUCUACCGCCGAAAGGGCUGGGUUACGUCGGACUGGCUCUAGUCUCAGUGCAAAAGUUAUAUGUUUUCCUCGGUGAUCUGGCGCGCUAUAAGGAACUCGUAAAUGAGACCAACAAUUACGCGAAAAGUAAACUCUGGUACACCAAAGCGCAACAAAUAAAUCCCAAGAACGGACGACCCUAUAACCAAUUGGCGAUCCUGGCGAUAUACUCAAGAAGAAAACUAGACGCCGUGUACUACUAUAUGAGAAGUUUGAUGUCAUCGAAUCCUUUUCAAUCUGCCAGAGAGAGCUUAUUGUCACUUUUCGAUGAAAAUAGAAAAAAGUAUGAAGCGGCUGAACGUAAAAGGCGUGCAGCAAUAGAAAAAGCGAAAAGCAGCGGCACUGAAACUGUAGCCGGCACCGGAGGCGGCACCGGCGGCGACGGCGGGCGGCGCGAGGUGUGGCUGCGGCCCGGUGACGUCACCGCCACUCCGCGACAACCUGUCAUCGACGAGCAACUGUCCACGAUGACUUCUGUUGAGUUGAACAAGAGCUUUAUAACGAGCUAUUUACAUGUUCACGGGAAAUUAAUAACAAAAAUAGGAAUGGAAACCUUUCACGAAAGUGCCGGCCUCAUGUUGCGGCAGUUCCGCACGCUGUUGCACCGACAGCCCCUGCCGAUGCCGGCCGCUAGACUCCUUCAGUUGACCGCACUCAACAUGUUUGCAGUUGAGACGACCGGUUCCACGUAUAAAGGUUGUUCCGGUGCAGAGAGACCAGCCUGGUUGGAGUGCGCUCUCGGCGUAUCCUUGCUCAUGUUCGGAGCGCUCGUGGAAAGAUGCUGUGCGUUAUUGCCGGAACCAACUCACACCCAGCACCACGCUGAUGCCCUGCAGCUAUUACCCUCGAUAAAGGUGUGGUCCGACUGGAUGCUGUGUCACAGUAGUGUCUGGAACCCACCGCCUUCCUUCACCAAUUUCAACGUAGAACUCGAAAGCGACUCAUGGGAUUGGUUAGCGAAACUCAUGAACAUACUCGAAAUAUUAGACGAUAAAACGAUAAAAUUGGAAAACGAAAUCAAAGAAGGCUACGUUUGCAUCCGUUUGGCGGAGGACGCGUCGUUGGGCGGGUUCACUCCGCUCAUGUACAUGGAGCCGGACAAGGCGUGGGUGCCCCCGGAUCCGUCGGCGCACAACCACGCCGCGGAACACGUACUGAGGAUCAGGAAGCUGCUCUUCUUCGGGACCGAGUAUCUGGUCGGUGUGGAGCCUCCGGUGCUGCGCUUGGAGUACCCCACUGACGCCCCGCCGCGGUACGUCAGCGCUGUGCAGAAAACUAAACCACAACACCAGCCGCUGCAACUCUUGGCCGAAGAUUCCGAAGACGAAGAGAGUUCGAGGAGCGGUCCGACCAGCGUGAGCGAGGCUCCGGAUGCAGACGAGGCCACCAGACGUCUGCUCCGCCGCAAGGAACAGCUGGAGAACAGGAAGGCCACACUUGAACGACAGCGACAACGUGUACAGGAAAUUCUACGUAGUGAUUCGACCAGUAUGGAAGUGGAAGUGCGGCCCCGAUGGUUAGUCCCGGAUACAAAUUGUUUCAUCGAUCAUCUACCACUGUUACAAGCCGUGGUCGCUGCGCCGUCUCAGCCGUACACUCUAGCCGUGCCUCUGGUCGUAAUGAGCGAGCUGGAGGGGCUGAAGAAGUGCGGUCGCGUGGGCGGCAUGGCGGGCGCGGCGCUGGCGUGGGUGUGCGUGGGCGGCGGCGCGGCGGGCGUGCGCCUGGCCACGUCGCGCGGCUCGCUGCUCUCGUCCCGCGCCUUCACCGCCGAGCGCGACGCCGACCGCGCGACCAACGACGACCGCGUGCUCUCCACCGCCCUCAACUUGCACGCUAACCUCGUGGCCGCCCAACCACACCCAGACACCGAAACGAAGCCAGAGGAAGGAAACGGUGAUUCAAAGACGAACCGUAGCGUGCGAGAGGUGGUGCUGCUGACGGAUGACCGCAACUUGCGCGUGAAGGCCCUGGCCGCUGAAUUGCCCACACGCGAUUUGCCUUCGUUCGUACAAUGGGCUGGGUUGAGUGCUGGAAACGAUAAGAAGUCAUUAAGUACGACCGACGAGCCGACAUCGGAGCGCAAAUGAUGUUUAUUAAGAUAAGCUCACGUGAUAUAUAAAAGCUCGUGUUCUCUUUUAUUUCUAGUUGAUACGGAAUAACUAAAUGUGACUUAAAGUUGCGGAGCAUUAGUGCUUAAUUUAAAUAAAUAUUGAUGAAUUAUAUAAAUAUUUUCGGUCAGUGCUUGUUUUUUGCUCGCACUGUACCUUAUCUGUCGCACCUCAACUUAGUAUAGGAAUUGAAUAGUCUAAGCAAAAUCAAAAUACACGAAUACGGUUUGUUGUUUUUUAAUAUUCAUGAAAUCCACUUAAAGCUUUUGGGAUUCGAAACUCGUGCUUCUCCUUUUGUAUUUUAAUAAACUAAUUUAAGUUUUACGUAUAUCGGUUUUUAAGCAAUAAAAAAAUAGUUUUGUUGUGCUAUUACUGUGGUUUUUGUUAAAUAUAAAAAUUUACCGCCGACCGAAUACAUCUGUGUUUAUAUGUUAUUGACUUAAAUUUGUGAAAGAUAAAAUUACAUGGUUAAAAUUAAUUAGUGUUUAUAUGUAUGUUAAAAUGAAACGACUUGACAGUAUGUACGUUAGAGAUGUUCUUUCACGUUAUUGUGUUCGCAUCGAUAUAUUACGUGCCAUUCAUAAUUCCAUCGUUCUUUAUAUCGUUGUAAGCAUAGUUUUUGCAUCUUAAUAUUAUUAUUGAUAUAGUGCAUGUUCUGAAGUGUGCUUCAGGGUAUAUUUUUUUAAUUAGUUUUAUUUCUUUUUUUUUUUUACUUUUGUUUAAGCUUAAUUAUUUUUUCACGAUAGUAAGUAAAAAAUAUAUUUACACACUGAAUUGUUGCUUCGAAGUUUUGAUUGAGACAAAGCUAUGAAUACGUAACGAACUUCAUUGCAGAUUUAGUAAUACCAUUUCUCUUUUAAUCAAUUGUAUUGGAUUAAAAUUUUGCUAUAACAAAUUUACAGUUCUACGAUUUGAUAAAAAAAAAUUCUUUAUUUCAAUAUAUACUAUAUAGUAGAGUUAAAUGUUACUAAAAAUGUAAAAAUAAAAAAACUAAUCAAAAAAUCUCGUACAUAAUUCAAUUGUAACCAAUGGAUUGUUCUGGUUUGUAGAUAAAAGUAUUUUAUAGAUUAUUAAUAUUAUAUAAUUAGAAAAUCGUUAACAAUUUUAUUGUACAAAAAUAUCUACUUUUUCCGAUCAAUUUUCACGUCAUUAUGUUUUUUUUUAAAUCUAAAUCGAGAUGUUUUGAAAAUAAACCAUGAAUUAUUUGAAA